UUUUUUUUUUUUUUUUUUUUUUCCCUUCCCUUGUGCAGAGGCCGGAGAGGUCCCUUUGAUCUGCGAGGCCUGGCGUGCUCCGAGCCCGCACGCCGGCUCUUUGCGGGGAGGGGGCUCGGCCGCCGCGGGAGCCUCCGAGCCGGGACAUGAAAGGGGGGAAGGAAAAAAAAAAUGAAAAAAAAAAAAGAAAAAAGGACGUGCAGGGUACGGGAGAUCGACCGAAAGGUUUAAAUAUUUCAUAUUCCUGGAAGCUGUCAAGGCCAAAAACAACAACACGCCUCCCGCCUCCCCCGAAGUGUUUGCAGAGGGCAGGAGCGUGUGUGCGUGCGAGGGACCGGGAGGCUGCGGGGGGGCGGGGGUAGAGAGGGUCAUAAAUUUUCACUUGUAAUCAAUCAAUAAUUAACUAAUAGUGGAGCGUGGGCCGAGCGCGCCGGCGACGGCGGGUGCCCGGCCCCCCGGGAUGUCGGUGUCGCGCUGCCCCCCGGGGCGCUGCCGCUGCCGCUCGGGGCAGCGUUCCGGGCUCCUGCCAUCCCCGCGGGGCGGCCGCAGCCCCGCUUUCCCAGAGACUUUGGACUCGGGGCUAAAGCUCCUGUGGGUCGAACGCAGCCCGGCUCCGAGCAGAGCCCUCGGGAGCUGCGCCGCGCUGCCCGCCCGGGGGUCGGGGUGGGCUGGGGGAUGCUGGCUCCCCCCAGCACGCCCCGAGUUCGCCCUCGUUCGGAGCGUUCUGCGCCCCCUCCCACGGGCCGUGGGUCCCUUCGGGGGUCUCGGGGCGCUGCUCGGGCUGCCCGAGAGGUGGCGCCGCCGCCCCGCCGGAGCCCCCCCGCCGCCGGCCACCCCCACCCAGCGCCGGGUCGCCUGCAUCAGCCAUAAAACCAUUGAGGAUAUCAAGACAGGCGCCAGAUCAGAGCGGCUCUCCCCCUCUAAGAGCCGUUUGGGGGACCAGCAGCUGAGAGAGGGAAAAAACGGAGGUCCCCGCGUGUUUCCCGAAGCCAAAGGGAUGGGGGCGAUGUCUGUCAUGGACCGGCGCCUUGGCGCUGCCGCUGAGGCCGGAGCUCAGCGCAGAGGGGAAAGCUGCUCCCCGGGCAGGGAUGGCUGUCCCAGUGUCCCAGGCCUCUGUCCCCCUGUCCUGCUCCCCUCAGCACCGGAGUCCCUCUCCCGGAGGGGCUCCAGCUCCCACCCGUGUGGAGGAUCCGUGUGGAAAGCGGCUAGUGGGGCUGCAGCCUUCGCCGCCUCCUUCUUCGCGUGGAUUCUUUUUUUUUUUUUUUUUUUUAAUUUUUAUUUUAUUUUAUUUCUUUGGCCAGACCCGCCGCCACCUCUAUCCCCAAAAGCCCCUCCUCGCCCAGGCCAGCUCAGGGGAGCAUCAGCUCGAGUGACAUUUCCAGCAGCCGUCAGCUUGGGCCAUAUGAAGGUGAUAACUAACUGGCAAAGCCAAAUCCUCUGCUCGGACGGGAGAGGAAAACGAGCCCAGCAGCAGCAUCAACUCCUGAGCACUUUACCUGGAAACUUUGAAGGAGGGCUUUGCAUUAAAAUUUAACCGGUCUAUUCUCUAAUUCUUCACUUUUGCGUUAUUAAUUUAUGACAGAUAAAAGCAUAGCUGGGCCUUUCUCAUUAACUUUUCAAACGCCACUUAAUAUUGUUCCAUUAAAAGAGGUGACUUUAGUAGCCUCUGGAUCGACUUUAAAAGCGAAAGGGAUAAAGAUGGAAAAGGUGCAUUAAACAGCUAGCUUAAAACUCGUCCUUCCCCCCCCCCAACAAUUCAAAUCACACCACCUCGACUGGUUCGUACUAGCUCCUUGCAGGAGAAAUAUCUUAAUAUUGGGAACGGGAAAGGGGGUGGAGGAGAAAGGCAGAAGAGGGAUAUAUAUCUUUCAACCCCUCCAUCCUCCCAGGCACUUCGGGGAGGGUUGGGGUGAAGGCAUUUCACAGUACGCCCAAGACAUUUCAAUAAAAAUUUAUUGAAACUUCAGUGACUUUUAAAAGGAGGAAAAAAAUUACAGAAAAAAAAAAUAGCAAGAACUUGUCAACAUUUAUAUAACACAAAAUAUACCUUCAUUUUUUUUUUCUUUGAACCAGCUCUGAGCACCUGGCUUUCAACCCAAGAAAAUAUGCAUUCACUCAAACAAAGACAACAAUAAGCACAGUAGUGAAACUCCAUUGCGGGGUUGUUUUUGAUGCACUGAGGAAACAGGCAAAAAUAAUAGAAAGUACAGAAAAUCCUAGACUCUUCACCUCUUUGUUUUUUUUUUUUUUCUUUUUUUUCUUUUUUCUCUCAAGCCACUGGAGAAGCCUGUUGUCCUGUACAAACAUAUAUAAUUUUGUGGUUGUUGACAUUUUGAAAACCGAAGAAAUCGAGGAUUAAAAGCUACCAUGGCACACUGCUUUGUCUUUUUGUCUCUUUGAAAUUUUUUAAGGUCUUUGAAUAAUUUGGUUUCUUUCUGCUUUGCCUUUUGCAUUCUGCCCUUGACCAAAGGACGAGGUGUUCCUGGGCUGAGCUCUGAUUUAAAAACCGAGCCCUCACAAAUGGGGGGAUUUCUCUAUGUUUAAAGGAAUUACCAACUUGAAAUGAAAACGACUAAAAAUAAAAACAGAAGGAAAAAAAAAGAAGACCGCUGCCAUCGUAUUUACAGAGGUAUGUACAAUGUCAAUAAAUUAAAGUUUAAUUUCGAGUAUUCAUAUUCCACGUAUUUACAAGAGUUAUCAAAUAAUUACAUAAAUACUUUGUUUUAAUAAUAGUGUCCACUCUUUUCUUCUUCUCAGUAUGUUAAACCUUGUUAUUGCAUAUACAAUUAAAGAGGGAAAGCUGUGAUAAAUCUACAGUCGAGCUACAGAGGUUUUUAGAUAAAAUAAAUUCACUUUUUUUUCUUUCCAACUACACGUCUUAUUUUUGUUGCUACGAGGGAGGAUGUUUAAGGUAGAGGGACAAAGGUCUUAUUUUUGUUUUUAUUAUUAUUAAUAAUAAUUUUUUCCCUGGGAUUUGAAACGAACACUAAAAAUAAACAACAAAACCCCACUGAAAUAAAAAAUACUGCCGCCCCCCCCCUCACAAAAAAAAAAAAAAAAAGCAGGCUACUCUGGAACAUGCAAAAAAAAAAAAGCCACCAACUGGCUCUCAGACAUCACAACAAUAUUUUAAACACACAGCUUCCCUUAAUAUCGACUAAGGGGGUUGUGGUUAACAACCCGCCCAGGAAACAACUGUUGAAGAACCAAUACGCGAGUUACUUACACGCUUUUCUUUCGGACAGAAAAAAAAAAA